CAUUUUCGCCACAGCUCUGGUUACACUGAUUAGCGGCGAAUUGGCCAAAAGAAAACAAAAAGAAAAAAAGCGAAAGAUAAAUCAAGAUAAAGGAGAUCAAAGGAGAUUAAGGAAGAGUAAGAAGCUGCCGGAGAUUACAAUUUUACUAGCCUGGAAAGAUGCGAAAGUUGACCAGCUUCCUGUGCGGCACCGGCGCCGGCCUGGCGGCUUUCUACCUGCAGCGGCUGCGCGAUCCCCACACCGCGGCGCACACCUCCUGGACGUCCAGCGAGAAGCCGGUGGACUCCUGUGCUCUGUGGGACAGCAACUGGGACUGCCGCGAGCCGCGCUCCCUGGUGCGUCCGGUGCGCAACAGCCUGCCGGAGGAGGAGAAUCGCUACAACACGGAGCUGGAGAAGGCCAAGGCCAAGAAGGCGCGCCACAUUAUCCUAGUGCGGCACGGCGAGUACCUGGACGUUGGCGACUCGGAUGCCACGCAUCAUCUGACCGAGCGCGGUCGCCAGCAGGCAGAGUUCACCGGGCGGCGCCUGUCCGAGCUGGGCAUUAAGUGGGACAAGGUGAUCGCCUCGACCAUGGUGCGGGCCCAGGAGACGUCCGAUAUAAUACUCAAGGAGAUACAGUUCGACAAGGAGAAGGUGGUGAACUGUGCCUUUCUGCGCGAGGGGGCGCCGAUACCACCGCAGCCGCCGGUGGGCCACUGGAAGCCGGAGGCGUCGCAGUUUCUGCGCGACGGCACCCGCAUCGAGGCAGCCUUCCGGCGGUACUUCCAUCGCGCCUAUCCCGACCAGGACAAGGAGACCUACACCCUAAUCGUGGGCCAUGGCAAUGUGAUUCGGUACUUUGUCUGCCGCGCCCUGCAGUUUCCGGCGGAGGGAUGGCUCCGGAUCAACAUCAAUCACGCGUCCAUCACCUGGCUAACGAUCGGUGCCUCCGGCAAUGUGUCCAUCAAGUACCUGGGCGACUCUGGCUUCAUGCCCGCCAGCCUGCUCACCAAUCGCAUACCGCGCGACGCCAAGAACGUGGUCUGAGGCGGGCAGCAGCCCUCCUCCUCCUCCUGCCAUCAUGAGAAGCAAUCCUAGUGUAUUUAUUAUUGCCAAGCCUUGAAGUAAAUCCGUAAGCUCUGACCGCGGACGAGAGGGAGCAGCAGCGGUGAGCGAGAGUAUUUGUGAUGAAGCUAAACGUUUUGUAACCAGGGAAGGAUUCUCCGGGGUCUUCCCCUUUUCAAAUAAUAACAUUUUUAUACCACUUUG